AUGGCGUCGACGCCACCUGCCAAGGAGAAUGCCGAGGACAUUCAGGAAGAGGAGCGCUUAGAAGCUGCCCUUGAGCAUCUCAAGAGCCUGCAUCUCAAGCUUCGAGCCCUCCGAACUGCCAUCCCUCGAGCGAUAGAGCCACUAUCCGCGAAGCACUCUUCGUCGGAAGAGCUGUUCGCCUCGUUUGUCAAGUCUGUUACAGAGACAAGCAAGGAGUUGGCCGAUUUUAAGGAGGCCAUGAUGAGCGAAGAGAGCAGAAAGGUCUUCGAACAAGCGAACCAAAGCCGGAAAGCCAACCCAAAAGGAAUCCGGCCAUGGCGAGCGGUGGAGGAUCCAGACUGGACGACGAUCAAGACGACAUGA